GGUAAAUGUGGCUUUCACUUCGCAGACUUCCCAGUUGACAGGGGUUAUCGAAAAAAGUUCAAUAUUAAUAUUCGCGACAUAGAGAAAAUAGUAAAGUUGCAGAACCUCCGCCAUUGAUACCGGGAGAAGCGCUGCAAUUGCUACUCCUAAGUAUGGCGGCCUCCAGUAGAAGUAGCAAUGCUGCCGCCAUGUUGUUACGGAGAGGACCAUCCAGUAUGUGCGCCAGCUGCAGGAACGCCCAAUUCCGGUCAUAUUCUACCAGUGCCGAGGCUUCUGCGACAGCUCCAGUUGCACUACCCACAUACCGCGACCGACCGCAAUACCCUCCAGCAGAAUACCGCAUAAAAUCCGGUAUCAUUCUAACCCGAGCACCUCUACUCACCCGCGCACUUACUCCGUUCGAGAACGCAUUCUUCUUCUACCAGAAACGCUUGAACGAGCGAUUGGUUCUGCCUUUCCGGCAUACCCUGUUCUUCAAGAAGGACACGGCCACAGACUUGGACUGGAGGAUCAAAUUCAACGAGCGAGGCCAGAUACCGGCGAAAGAGUUGGGCAGAUACUAUGCCCAGGGGCGCAAUGCGUGGAACGACGAGCUUUUAGUAGGGAGUACUCUAAGUAACGAAGAGCGGGUGCGGGAGAUCCUGCUCAAGGAUGCCGAAAAUCGGGUGACGGAAGAUGGUGAGGAGGCGCAACCGGAUGAAAUCGUCCCCGUCGAACGGCCGAUGGAUAGGAUUACCGAAGCAGACAAGACAAACGACGUGAGGCGGUUAGAUCGCAAGCUAGAUAGGACGCUUUACCUGGUUGUCAAAGGUAGUGAUGGGGUGUGGCAAUUCCCAGCUAUAGACAUACCCACAGACGGGAACUUACACGAGUGUGCUGCAACAGCUUUGGAAUCUGCAGCAGGUGUUAACAUGAACACUUGGAUGGUGGGCCGGGUACCGGUUGCUCAUAUGGUUAAGAAGCCCGAGUUCAACGAGGACAAUUCCGUUAAACGAAGGGGUGAGAAAAUAUUCUUCUUGAAGGGGAGAAUUAUGGCUGGUCAGGCAGAUUUAAAAGAAAAUAAGCUGGGACUAGUUGAUUUCAGUUGGCUUACAAAGGAAGAAUUGAAGGAGAAUUUACCUGAAAAAUACUUCCACGCCGUAAGGAACAUGAUGGCGGAUCGGUAGAAAUAGGUGUAAACUAUGGCGUAGAGCCUCCUGUAUUCUACAAUACCAUCAAUUGUAAAAAUAUUGCAUUGUAA